GCGAGCCUGUGACGUAACGGGAUGCGGCCGAGCCCCCGACGACGAUUGUAUCGUGCAAGUCAAUCGACGACCGAAUCCCACUCUUGUUUCGCGUCAGCUGCAAGUAACCGUGGAGGACGUGGCACUUCGAGGAUGUAAAGAGCAAAGAGAGCGAGUGUGGAAGCCGCAAAAACGAGACGCGCCAUCAACGCGACACGUUGACGCAACAUCCCAUCUGUGAUUCAGAUGCUUGCAGCUUGCUGCUGCAGGACUGCUUUGCACAGAGGCAGCUGAGUCCAGAGCCAGAAACCAACCGAGAGCACCACGGGACGGGCACCUUGCCCUGCCAUCGCCCUCCUAUGGGAAGCGGCAAGUUGCGUCAGGAUAAGCGACUACACGUCAAAGGGACGACGUGGAGCGACUGAAGGAGGACGAAGACGACCUGGCAGGCACAGGGACACCCGUGAGACCGCCGGUCCGAAAGUGUGGACUGACAGAAGACGAAGGCGGCGGCGAGGCGGGAGCGUGACAGGAAGAGCCGGACGACGACGGGGAGGCUUACUAAUAGCGGCCACCCCUCCCCCGCCCCCCUCAAGAUCCGUCUCUGCCUGAAAAAGGAUAUCCGCGGAAGUAUCUUCGAAGCGUGGAAACACGAUGCCAUGAACGCCACUCGUCCACUUUUAAGAUCCAGACGGAGGACUUUGGAGCCGUCGUUUCCUAGCUGGAACUUUUUGGCAUGGGAGUUGAACUUGAACCUGAAAUGAUAAAUCGCAUUUCCCCGCCUGUCCUUGUUUUUAAAAUCCCCUCCAAACUGGUCAAGUGAGUCUCCCUUGAUGCCUCUCCGACCUCCGACGGGUUAAGACUCUCCUCGGCUAUGGGCAGCCUGGCGACAGCUCCCCUCGGCGGGUUCGGGACCGCCACCACUGCCGCCGCCGCUGCCUCCCCGGAGGUCGCGAGCUGGACGUCCUGGCCGAGAAACGGCUCGCCGGAGCUCAACCAGAGCCUGGCGGAGGGCGGCGGCGCCGGCAUGGCGGUGGCCAUGAGUGCCGGUGUGAACAACUUGACACGGGAGGGGGUCACCAGCUCGGCCAUGAAGGAGAAGAACUGGCCGGCGCUGCUCAUCCUGGUCAUCAUUGCGCUGACUAUCGGCGGCAAUAUCCUGGUCAUCCUUGCCGUGUCGCUGGAGAAGAAGCUCCAAAAUGCCACCAAUUUCUUCCUGAGGUCAUUGGCGGUGGCCGACAUGCUGGUGGGCAUCCUGGUCAUGCCCAUCUCCCUCAUCAACAUCCUCUACGAUUACGCCUGGCCCCUUCCCAGCACCUUGUGCCCCAUCUGGAUCUAUCUGGACGUGUUGUUCUCCACCGCUUCCAUCAUGCACCUGUGCGCCAUUUCGCUGGACCGCUACGUAGCCAUCCGCAACCCCAUCGAGCACAGCCGCUUCAACUCCAGGACCAAAGCCAUGAUGAAGAUUGCCGCCGUCUGGACCAUAUCCAUCGGUGUCUCCAUGCCCAUCCCCGUGAUCGGCCUCCACAACGAGGACAAGGUCUUUCUCAACGGCAGCUGCGUGCUCAACGAGGAGCGCUUCAUUCUGAUUGGCUCCUUCGUGGCCUUCUUCAUCCCGCUGGUCAUCAUGGUGGUGACGUACGGCCUCACCAUCCAAGUGCUGCAGAGGCAGGCCACAGUCUUCCUGUGCAAUGCAAAGACAUCCCCCCAGCAGACUUUGCAGCCCCCUGCCUCGGAGAUCCAUGUGAAUGCCCCCCCGAACCUGCCAGACCCGCCAGAGCUCAAGCCGCCGUCCGACGCCGGCAUCCUCCUCAGCGUCUCCGCGUCGGAGAGCGUCAGCAUCCUUCCCGGCUCAGAGGCCACGUCGCAGCUCAGCUCGCCGGCCGCCGGGCCCGGACGGAGCGACGCCGCCGGUUGCCACGGGCGACGGGGAAUGAUGCAGGCCAUCAAGAACGAGAGGCGGGCCUCCAAGGUGUUGGGAAUUGUCUUCUUCCUCUUCCUUGUCAUGUGGUGUCCCUUUUUCAUCACCAACGUCACUUUGGUGCUGUGCGGCGCCUCCUGUGGAGAGUCUCUGCUUCACGAGCUCCUCAACGUCUUCGUGUGGGUGGGCUACAUCUCGUCCGGGGUCAACCCGCUAGUCUACACGCUCUUCAACAAGACCUACAGGAGAGCCUUCUCCAGCUAUAUCCGCUGUCGCUACAAAGUGGGCGCCAAUCCCAACGUGGUUGGGGCCGGACAGGUCUUGAAGAACCCGCUGCUGGCCCCGCCGCCAUCCUCGCACGCCGUCACGCCGCUCCUGUCGGACGGCCACAGGAAGACUUCCGCCCAACGAAGCCGUGACAGUAACUGUCGAAACGGCGGUCAGCCAACGCCAGACCCGGAGGGCGUCACUGACGAAGGGACACGAACGGGGAGAGGCGAGGCGCCCUGCUUCACAAUAUGCCACGACGUUAGCAGGGCCUUUUCAGAAACCGAGGCCGAUACUGAGGAACAGGAGCUGUCGCUCAUCAGCUACUGCCCUGCCUCCGCGUUUCACACCAGCAGCGUGUGACAUUUUUGGACACAGACUUGUGGCUCGGCUUGAAACGUGUAGGAGGUUCUCAUCCCGGUCUUGGGAGCCAGCAGAACCCCGAAAUCGAAUGUAAAAAGACAACCGCUGGUCUGACAGCGCCAUCCAGUGGCCAUGUGGGCCCUCGAAAGUGUGUGUUUGUGUGGUGCGUGUGUUUUAAGAGAAAGAAAAGAAAACUAAAGUUCGAAAUGAUUAGGUUGUUUAGAACCUUCUCUCACACAUGCAUGCACACGCGCGUGUCUGUUAUACACACACACACACCAGGGGUAGGGAAGUCCGGUUUCCUCGAGAGCCAAAUCAUGCCUGUUUUAGAUCUCGUCCUACUCCAACACAACUGAUUCAAUUGUUCAUGAUCGUUUCAAGCCUCUACAGUGCGUGCUGAUGAAUUGGUCAUUUGAAUCAGGGGUGUUGAAGUAGAAUGAUAUCUAAAAAUAAUAUAUACACCACUCACAAAAUGUUAGUUAGGGGUAUUUGGCUUUCAGGUGUAAUUGAUGGAAAGUGUAAAAAGGUCACGCUACAUUGAUAUCAUAUCAUGGCAAGGCGUCCCACUCUUCUUGAAGGGCAGCCCUCAGGUCAUUGACGUCGGGUGCAGAGUUUCGAGGCUCUACAUGGCCACUCAGCUGAAAGUGAAAGCCAUUCCAUUUGAGGUAC